UUUCCCAACCUGGGCAUUCGGCCAGUUGGCUUGACAAGUAGACUAUGAUGGAAUGUAUCGCAAAUUUCUUCACCUAUGAGACCACCAAAUCAGUGGUGGUGAAGAGCUGGACAAUUGGCAUUAUUAACCGAGUAGUGCAGCUCCUUAUCAUUGCCUAUUUUGUCGGGUGGGUGUUCCUACAUGAAAAGGCGUACCAGACUCGGGACACCGCCAUUGAGUCUUCAGUCAUGACCAAAGUCAAGGGGUUUGGCGUGUAUAACAACAGAGUCAUGGACGUUGCAGACUACGUCACCCCUGCUCAGGGGGCAUCAGUUUUUUGCAUCAUCACUAAGUUCAUCACUACAGACAACCAAGUGCAGACGUCCUGCCCAGAGAGUGAAACAAAGUAUUCCUGCAAUUCGGAUGAUGACUGCAAGCGCUUCAUGCUGAAGACAAGCGGCAAUGGUGUGAAGACUGGGCGCUGUGUAAAUUAUAAUGGGACGUUAAAGACCUGUGAAAUCCGAGGCUGGUGUCCUGCUGAGAUUGACUCUGUCCAUUCCCAGCCAAUGCUCGAGGCUGAGAACUUCACCAUUUUCAUCAAGAACAGCAUUCGAUUCCCUCUAUUCAACUUCACUAAGGGGAACCUUUUACCAAAUAUUACAGAGAAAUACAUUGGGACCUGUUUAUUUGAUCCCAGGACAGACAUCUAUUGUCCCAUCUUUAGGCUGGGUGAUGUUGUUCGAUUUGCUGGACAGGACUUCAAAACACUGGCUGAUCGGGGAGGUGUGAUUGGGAUUAAAAUUGGAUGGGUCUGCGAUCUGGACAAAUCGGAUGACCAAUGCAACCCUGCCUACUCCUUUACCAGGCUGGAUAGUGUCUCAGCGAAAACCAAGGUUUCUCCAGGGUACAACUUCAGGUACGCCAAAUACUUCAAGAAGGCAGAUGGAACAGAGCACCGGACUUUGCUUAAAGCUCACGCAAUCCGAAUUGAUGUACUCGUCUAUGGAAACGCUGGUAAAUUCAAUAUGAUUCCUACACUGAUCAACAUCGUAGCCGCCUUCACAUCUGUCGGAGUGGGGACGGUGCUCUGUGACAUCAUCCUGCUGAAUUUCCUGAAGGGUGCGGAGCAGUACAAGGCCAAGAAGUUUGAGGAGGUUACAGAGCACCAGAUAAAAUCGGCUCUCUCUACCAGCAAUGAACUUUGCAAAAGCAACCAAACACUCUCCAUCAAGUAUGACGAGAAGCAGUCCACUGACUCCGGGGCUUACUCGAUUGGGCAGUAGGGCUGGUGGGCGGCUCACAACAGCCAAUGGCCUGUGAGGUGGGGUUACCUGUAGUGGAGUGCCCCGACUUUAGGAAGAGAAUAGCAUUUCCUGGAUCUCACUAUUGCCUUGAAAUUGCGAUGACAAUGUAUGUUUUUGAUAUACUCAUUAUUGUGAUAGUAAUUCAGACGUGAUGUCACUGUAGCCAACGUUUGACAUGCUGAGGGCUGCUGUCUUCAGAAAAAUCCUAACACAUCGGUCAAGGCGGAAAGUCUACACUCCCCAGUUUGUAUCAUAGUUUUAAAGUGGAUAUCUCCUUUGUGACUUGUAAUUUAUCAUUUGCAGUAGUAUGUGUACUUUAUAAGGAAAAUUAUGUUGUGUAUACAAGAUUUAUAUUUGAGGAGAUCAUCAUUUUAGGGAAAUUAUGGUAUGUUUUCUAGACAUUUGUUAUUUUAAUUUCAACCUUCAUCCCUUGUGCCAUAACUGCUUAUUUCACUGAACUAGAAAAACCAAAACAGCAGAAGGCAAUUAUUUUAUACUGCUGGGCAGACCCUGCCACCUUAUCCAUCACUUCAUCUGGACUGAAGACCGCAUGGGCUGCUCCAGGAUUUUGCAGGAUUUAACUUUCCAUGUUUGGACCGAGUCUAUCAUGCUGGUAGGGUACAAAGUAUUUGCCAACCCUGAUUUUCUGUGUUAUUCCAACAUUCUGACAUAAAACCAACAACCAAAAUAAAGGACCACUGAGUGAACAAACAAUGGUAUAUACUGUAUAUUUAACGUAUGUUAUUUAUUUAAUGAAAAAAGCUUUGGAACACCAACUGGCACAAUGUGAAAAACUAUUUACCCCCUUUACAGUCAAUAAAUGGGUGUGCCAUCUUCACUUUCAAUGAGCCAAAAGCAACCAAAAGCUUAAUUCAAUAGCCGUCUUUCGCAUGAUCGUGGAGGAAUUUUAACCUGUUGCUUUAAUUUAGAAACUUUGGUAGAUUUUCGAGUAUGAAAUGCUGUCUUUAGGUCCUACCACAUCAUUUGAGUUGGGUUUAGGUCUAGGCCUGUCCAAACCUUUAGUUUUGCGUCUUUUCAGCCAUUUAAAUAUGGAUUUGCCAACAUGUUUUGGAUUAUCGUCUUUCUUUAUGACCCAUCUAUGAUUUAUCUUUAUCUUGGACUCAUUAUGGGACAUUUCCCUAAUCAUCUCAUAUAAGUCAGAAUUCAUAGUUACUUAAAUUAGGGCUCAGGUCCUGUGGUAGCAUGGUAGCCCAACACAAUCACAUUAACACCACCACGUUUUCCAGUUAGUGUGAUCUCCUGACUCGAUUGCUCUGUUAAUUUGUUUUUUGCCAGCCUUAAUAAAAGUUUUACUUUUUCCCCCCUCUGUCUAUAGAAUUUUACCCUAAAAUACAUGGGAAUUAUCUAAAUGCUUCCUGGACAAAUGGAAGACAAGCAUUUAUGUUCUUUUUCAUUAACAGUGUUUUCCAACAAACCCCACGCUUGCCCAACAUCCUUCUGAUUGUGGAGUCAUGAAUAAUGAGUUUUGCAGAGGAAACGGAAAGCCUCAAUUCCUUCAAUAUUUAGGAUUCUUUGACUUCCUUGAUGAUUUUACAUUGUGGCUUUUGGAGUGAUUUAGGCCAGGCGUCCAUUACUGGAUUUAUUGAUGUUCCAAUUAUUUUCAGUGUGAAGAUGCAGUGGAGCACCUAGAGCCUGAGAAAUGGCUUUGUAGUUCUUUCCAGAUUGAUAGAUAUCAACAAUUUUCUUCUGUUCCUUUAAGGAAUUUCCUUUGAUUGUGGAAUUAUUUGCUUUUUUAAUUCUUUGUGCUAACGUCUUCAUUGUUGGGAUUAAAAUGGGAGAGUUUUAUAUUGAACAGGACUGGCCUUGAUCAAGCAUGUGUUCUGUCUCAGUGGAAAACAUUGACAAAUUUUAGUUAAAGGUUCAGAAGAUGAAGUGAGGUCAAAAACAUGUGCAGGGUUGAUACUUUAGAGGCAAGCCAAUAUUUCAACAAACCAGAAAUGUUACCCAAAAAUCAUAGGCCAGAAAAUUUGACAGGGAAUUGGUAGAGAAUUUCACACCAAAUAUUAAAUCAACCCAAACUCGAACAAAUAAGAAACGCAUGUGAUGACCUUUUAUAUGGUUUAUAUGCCCAUUGCCAGGAAUUCUUAGGAAAAUUGCCUAAGCAAAGGUUGGCACAAAUGUCACAAAAUGGUGCCGCCCAUAAAAAUCCAAAAUGGUGUCAUAGAAAGAUGAUUAAAAAAUGCUAGAAAUAAUGAUGGAAAAAAAUGACUGUAUACCAAAAUACCAAAAAUAAUUACAAUAAAAUUAACUAAUAAAAUAUACCAAUCAUUAUGACAUGGACGUGUUUAAUCUGCUUUCUUUAAUUAAGUCUUAAAUUGGGUUGAUUUAACAAGGGGGUAAUUAUAUUUUCACUUAGUGCCAAUUUGUAUUGGACAACUGUGCUUAUUCUCAAAAUGAAACACAUUUUAAAAUUCAUUAUUUGUUCCCUCAUGUAUGCCUUAUCUAUUAUUAAACUUUGGUUGCAACAUAAAACUACUCAGGCAGCACAGUAAGGAGACCCGGGUUCGCUUCUCGGGUCCUCCCUGCGUGGAGUUUGCAU